AUGGAAAAGGUUGCAAUUCUAGAUGCAGGUGCGCAAUACGGAAAGGUUAUCGACCGACGCGUUCGGGAGCUCUCUGUUUUUUCUGAGAUGUUGCCCAUCAACACUCCUCUCGAAAUGCUUAUGAAAGCUGAUUACAAGGCUUUUAUAAUUUCAGGCAGCCCUGACUCAGUCUAUCAGUCUAUGAGUUGCACAUGUGAUCCCAAACUUUUUGACGCAAACAUUCCUGUUCUGGGGAUUUGCUAUGGAAUGCAACUUAUCAACAAAGUCUUUGGUGGCCAAGUGAUGGAGGGUGACACUCGGCAAGAUGGCAUAUUUCAAAUUGACUGUGACACAACUUCUCCAUUAUUUGAAGGCUUGGCAAAACAGGAGCAUGUAUUGUUUACCCAUGGAGAUCACUGUGUCACUGCUGCAACAGGAUUUAAAGUCAUAGCCAAGUCUAGUUCCAACAUAGCUGGUAUCGCAAAUGAUGAGAAACGACUUUACGGAGUUCAGUUUCAUCCUGAGGUGGAUCUCAGUACAUGCGGCUUGAAAAUUUUUAAGAAUUUUUUGUUCAAUAUAUGUAGCCUGAAAGGAGAUUUUAAAAUGAGUGAUAGGGUAGAAUUGUGCGUUUCCAAAAUACGUGAAGCUGUCGGUCAAAAUAAAAUUUUGAUUUUACUGAGUGGUGGUGUCGACUCCACUGUAUGUGCAGCCUUGCUAUCAAAAACUUUGGAUCCAUCUCAGAUUAUUGCUGUUCACAUUGACAAUGGUUUCCUAAGAAAAAACGAAUCUUUAAGAGUGAUAGAAUCAUUAAAGUCAUUGGGAAUUAAAGUCCAUUUGAUCAAUGCAGGUCUUCGAUUCCUAUCAGGGACUACAAUGCUACACGUCGAUGUAAUGACGGAGGCUUUGGCACCUGCUUCCGUCAGUCCUGCUAAAGCACAAUCUGAUUCUGGAAUAAGCUCAGGAACAUCUGACGAGACAUCAGAUCCAAAUACUAAAGAGUGCAGAUCGACGUUAGAUUCAAUGGCAUUCUCUCAAACUACGGAUACAUCUAACACUAAAAGACAGUCACAUGUCAGUGGUGGUGGAAUUCACCCACAUGUAGAAUCAAGAAACAUUCCCAUUGGUCCUCUUAGGACAGUUACUAUUUUCCCUGAAGAUAAACGACAGAUUAUUGGUGAUACUUUUGUGCGUGUUGCCCAAGAAGUAUGGACUGAACUUCAGUUAGAUCCUAGUAGUUUAAUGCUCUGCCAAGGGACAUUGAGGCCUGAUCUAAUUGAAUCCGCAUCUCAUUUGGCUAGUCAACGAGCAGAUACAAUUAAGACUCAUCAUAAUACAACUACACUGGUCCAGAUUUUACAGAAGCAGGGUCGGGUUGUUGAACCACUUUCGGACUUCCAUAAGGAUGAAGUUAGACAGAUCGGUAGGCAACUUGGACUUCCAGAGGCUAUUGUCAACCGACAUCCUUUUCCUGGUCCAGGUUUAGCAGUUAGAAUUUUGUGUGCUGCAGAACCAUAUAUUGAACGAGAUUUUUCGGAGACAACAAGUCUUAUAAAAAUGAUCUCUGGAUAUCAUCAAAUGUCGCAAAAGCCUCAUGCACUUUUAAACAAGAUCAAUGCUGCUGCUAGACCUGAAGAACAACAACGUUUAUCAAAAAUUACAGCGAAUCGGUCUCUAGCCGCCUAUGUUCUACCUAUUCGUUCAGUCGGAGUGCAAGGUGAUCAUCGUACUUAUAGUUAUGCUUGUGCUUUAUCUAGUUCAACUGCUCCAGAUUGGGAUGCCCUUUCGUUUUUAGCUAAUUUGAUUCCUAGGAUAUGCCAUAAUAUCAAUCGCGUAGUAUAUAUAUUGGGACCACAAGUUGUUCAUCCAGUAAAUGAUAUUACAAUUACUUACCUUCGAGAACCUGUUAUCGAUACUCUCCGUGAAGUCGAUGAUAGGGUUAUGUCAGUACUUCAUAACAAUGGUUGUAUGAACAACGUUGAUCAAAUGCCAGUUGUUCUUAUACCGAUUCAUUUUGACCGUGAUCCAAGUCAAGUAGUAUCUAUUCCUUCUAUUUUACGGUCAGUUAUACUCAGACCUGUGAAAUCAGCUGAUUUCAUGACUUGUAUUGCUGCUGUUCCCGGUGUUCAUAUUCCAGAAGAUGUCGUUUACAAAAUGCAGAAAGCAGCUGAAGAAGUACCUGGAAUAUCUCGAGUUUUAUACGAUCUUACUUCGAAACCACCAGCAACCAUUGAAUGGGAGUAA